AUGGCAUCAGUUCCUUAUGCUAGUGCAGAUGGAAUUCUGAUGUAUGCCACGAUUUGUACUCUUCCAGAUAUUACUCAUGCAGUGAGAGUAUUGAAUAGGCAUAUGUCUAAGCUAGGAAAUGAGCAUUGGACGGUGGUUAAGCGUGUGUUCUGUUAUCUUCAUGGUACGUAUGACCUUAGGUUAUGUUAUGAAGGCGUGAAGAGCUCAAGGGGACAAACAUUACUAGAGCUGAGGUGCUUUGUGGAUGCUGAUUGGGGAGGUGAUAUUGAUAGUAGAAGGUCUACUAGUGGAUAUGUUGUUUUCUUAUUUGGUGGAGCUAUCAGCUGGAUUAGUAAGAGACAUACCACAGUUGCUUUAUCUACAACAGAGGAAGAAUACAUGGCCUUGACACAUGUUCUCAAGUAA